AUGUCUGAUUCUACCGAAACCACCAACCGCUUUGCCGGCAAUGUGCGGCAGGCAGAAGCGCCGAAUGAAAAGACGCUGCGAAUCAAAGCGAGUGCUCUGAAGCGCACUAUCAAAGAUUUGGAGUUUGCGAAGCGAGAAGUGGAGCGGGAGCUGCAGCGCCUCGAGACCCUGCGUCAAAGUGACCCCGACCGUGUUCCUCAGCAGACUAAGGUUGUCGACGAGGCCCAAAUGAUGGUGCCCCACUCUGUGAACCGGAUUAUGGCGUCAGUGAAGGAUCUCUCUGACUAUCUGGAGAAGGAGGGCUCUACUGUGUCAAAUGAGGAGCUUUUAGAUUUGGCUCGGGCCACUAUGGCUGACGGCCAAGCGGCAGUCUCGUAA